GGAAUCCCACUACUUGAUUCAUGUUGGAUUUUGUCGAAUACGAAACUUAAAUUCAUGUUCCAAAAACUGAGAAUGACAGACAGCACAUCAUCAUCAUGAUCACAACUGUUAAACUCUGCCGGCAUAGGCCGGCUAACUUGACUUCUUCUUUCUAACACCAAUUCUACAUAAACAACAAUUACCACCAUUUUCAUUCAUCAUUUCACACCAAUAUUUUUAUAAUUGGGGGAUGGGGUACUUGUACAUGUGUGUAUAAAAAUAAAAUAAUUACACACAAUAUAUUAUAUACAUACAGAUUCCAAACCUCUAAACCAGUCAACUGAUUGUCUUUACAUGUGACUAUCUUCUACAUCCAGUUAAGGUUUUCAGUUUUAGAUCAAUCAACAUUAAAUUCAAGUUAAACAAUGAUAUCAGAAGCUGCAGUUAGAGAUCAUUUGUUAUCUAAAUCCGAAACCAUUAGUGAGAGCUCAAGCAGUAACAUCUUCUUUGCAAAAUCGUAUAUCGAGCAUUCCAACGGGAAACUUGAAGGUAAACAGGUUGAAUACAACGAAUCAUCGGUCCAACCAGUAGUGAAUGGCAACGUGGAGGUAAUGGUUGCUGAAGUAGAAUACAUUGAAUCCGAAAAACUGGAUGAUCUAACAGACAUUGAUACGAGUCUAAAGAUGCUUAUACCUGGAUUGGAAUCGAAAGAUUGGGUUUUGCUAUGUGAGGCGCUUAACAAUGUCCGGCGUUUAUCGAUAUACCACAAGGAUGCGUUGGAAGAUAUACUGGACACAAUAAUCUCUCUUCUUGUGAAAUCCCUCAAGAAUCCAAGAAGUGCUGUUUGUAAAACUGGAAUUAUGACUUGUGCCGACAUGUUCAAAGCAUUUGGUGACAAGAUUAUCGAUUUCUUGGACCCGCUGUUUGUACAACUUCUUCUCAAAUCCUCGCAAGACAAACGGUUUGUCUGCGAUGCUGCUGAAAAGGCGUUAGUAGCUUUAACAACAUGGGUCUCGCCGGUUCUGCUGUUGCCGAAACUACAACCGUAUCUUAAAAACCGCAAUCCCCGUAUCAGGGCAAAAGCGUCAAUGUGCUUUUCUCGUAGUGUCCGACGACUGGGUGUGGAUGAAAUGAAAGCGUAUGGGAUCGACAAGUUGAUCAAAACAGCGGCAGCCCAGUUGAGUGACCAGUUACCCGAAUCACGAGAGGCUGCUCGUGCACUCCUGUUGGAGCUACAAACCGUAUACGAAAAGUCCCCCGUUUUGGCACCAGAACCGGACGCUCCGUCUGAGGAACCAUCGGUAUGUUCUUGGGAGCGGUUUUGUGAAUCUAAUCUGUCGAAGUUAAGUGCACAAGCGGUCCUUCGUGUGACUAGUAUGGCUCGUGAGGGUCAUGUUGUGGGUUCAUAGAAUUAGGUACAUGUAAAAUGAAUUUUUACAUCACUUGAAAGGUUUGUUAAUUUGUUUGAUUUAAUUUAAUAUAUGCACAAUUCAUAUAUAUCACCAAUUAAAGUUGUUGCAAGCA